UUUAUCUCAAUGUUAACUGUUUAGUUCACUAUAUUUGGAUAUUUAAUCGACUACUUUUAUUAUCAAGUGCUAUCAGUUUUAAUCAAACCUUUUAUAUCAUCACUGUGUCUGUACUUUGAAACAGUUUUCUGUUCCUCUUUGCUCUGUCUGCCUCUCUCUUUUUUUUGCCUCUGUUGCCUUUUCUGUAAUCUGUCGAUUCUCCUGUAAUCUUCUGAUUUUCUUUUGCUCUUUUCCAACAUUUCCUUUUAUAAUUUUGAUUGUUUCAUUUUCAUGUUUAUGUUAAUCUCAUUGGUACCUUGAUUGGGUGCCGUUUUUAAUCCAAUGUAAUUUAUUUUUGUUUGUCUCGUAGUGAUAGUUUCAACUCUAUUUGAUCCUCAACUUGCAUGGUAAAUUUUUUCCUCACUUCAAUAUCAACUUUUCUUCACAGUUUAGUGAUAUUAAAUAUCAAGUUUAACGUUUUUUCACGUUGUGUUGAUACUGUUUAGUCUUGGUGAUCAGUAAAAAAUUAGUGCCUUGGACGAAAGUGACCAUUCCUUGAUAUAUUGGGACCAAAUUAAUUCAAGCUAUUUUCGGAUUACAACAAUCAUUAAUCAUCAUAAAAUAAUCCAGCCAGACAACGGAUUGAAUAAUUGUGAUCAUCAAUCUGCAUAUUUAACUAACACGCAUACUGCCUUAAAUUUUUUAUUUACUCUAAAGACUGAAUCAAGUCCGGAUUAACAUUUAACGUCAUCAUAAGGACUAAACGGAUUCAUUGAAAGUCAAGACCAAGUUAAAAUCAACUGAAUUGGAAACAGUCUAUUGUUUUAUUUUAUUGUCCAAACAAGAUUUGAGAACAAUUAACGGAAAUAACAUUUUUGACAAAAGCAGCAUCUGAAAAGCAAUCAUUGUUGACUUUUACGAGUUUAGCCCUUUAAUCAUCUUAUAUUUACCAUUAAUCAAUUAUUACUCAGCAAAAGGAAUAUUCAAUCAACAUAGUUCAGGGUAAAAAGAAAAACUGCUGAUAAAUCAAAUUCAAGAUGGUGUUUGAUCUAUUUGGUUCUCUUCGGAGUAUAACAAAGUUAGAUCAAGUAUGUAUCGACAAUAACGCAUUCCGUCUUCAUUACAAAGCUACCGUCAUCCUUUUGGUUGCAUCAAGUAUUUUGGUUACAGGAAGACAAUAUUUUGGUGAUCCGAUAGACUGUAUACAAAGAGAUGAUAUACCGCAAAAUGUUAUGGACACCUUUUGUUGGAUACAUUCAACCUUUACCCUGCCCAAUGCACUUACUAAAGAAGUUGGUGUAGACGUUAUUGCCCCAGGAGUAGAUAAUUACAAGCCAGGAGAGAAAAAAGUUUACCAUAAAUACUACCAAUGGGUUUGCUUUGUCCUCUUUAUUCAAGCCAUGUUUUUCUACGUUCCUCGAUAUUUAUGGAAAAUUUGGGAAGGUGGAAGACUACGAAGUUUGGUUUUAGGGUUAAACAACCCCGUCAUUGGUGCUGAAGAGCGUGCCGAUCAAAUUGGUUUACUUACACAUUAUUUAAAGACCAAUCUAAGAUAUCACGAUUCUUACUUUUAUUAUUUUGUUGUCUGUGAGAUACUCAAUUUUCUCAAUGUCAUUUUCCAAAUGUACCUUGUCGAUGCUUUCCUGGGUGGUGCCUUUUCAACUUACGGUUUUGAAGUUCUUCGAUACAGUGAAAUGGACCCUGAAGAAAGAGUUGACCCAAUGGUAAAAAUCUUCCCUCGUGUUACCAAGUGUACCUUCCACAGAUAUGGUUCUUCUGGAGAUGUUCAGAAGCACGAUUCUCUCUGUAUUCUUCCAUUGAACAUUAUCAAUGAGAAAAUUUACAUCUUCCUCUGGUUCUGGUUCGUCAUCUUAGCCGUUAUUUCUGGAUGGGUCAUUAUUGAACGAAUGGUCAUCAUCUUUUUCCCUCAUUUCCGUUAUCUUUACCUGCGAUCAGCUGCUCGUUUAGCAGACCGUAAUGAUAUUCGUGAAGUCUUGGAUCACUCUAGAAUCGGAGAUUGGUUCAUUCUUCACUUGUUGGCCAAAAAUCUUGACUCUCUUCACUUCAGGGAGCUUGUCAAAGAGCUUCGAAAUUCGCUUAGUGAAGAAGGCGAAAAAUUUAGACCAAGAGAUAUCAAUGAAACCGGAUUCAGUUCAAAGCUAUCAUAAGCAGAUGAUAAUAAUCUUGGAUGAUUAGUUUUCAGUGUAAACAUUUUUUUGAUCACAUGAAAUUGUUUUUUUUAUAACGAAUUAUUAUUAUCUUUUUGAACUCCUACAACAAAAAUGAACCCACUAUUUGUCUUUACGACUUCAAUAUCAAAAUGCGGACGGAUCUAUCACCAUUACCACCACAACAAACUUCAAUCAUACUAUCAUUGUCUUCAUCUUCAUCAUCAUCUAAUAGUUACAUCAAAGAAAGAAACAAAAGCCUAAUUACUUUACAAUUUUUGAUUAACCAAUAUUUAUAUUCCAAUACACUGGAACAUAUAUAUUUGUACGGAGCAAAUCUUUACGCAACAAAAUUUGAAAUCCAUACAAAGAAACCUUCAAGUAAAAAUAAGGUAUGACGAUGAAUCAGAUUAAUAUCAAAGUGAUUGUAACCAUAGAUAUUUUAUCUUUACAGUUGAUAUUUAUACAUAUUUAUACACAGAAAAUAUAUCUAUUUAUUUAAUGCAUGAGAAUUAAAUUCAGGUAUCAUGUACAUGGUACAACCAUAAGGAGACAUAAAAACGAGCUUCAUAUUUUCACCUUUGCCUUCUGUAUGGACUCAAAUUCGUUGCUUAAUGAUUUCUACAAAACCAAGAAAACUUUCAACUUAAUCAUUACCUAGAUAAUAUCCUUUCAAUUAUUUCCUUUUCCUAUUCAAUUUUAGAUAACGUCUUAGAUAUUUCCGUUUUUACCUUCAACCAGCUCAACAUAAUCCAAUAAUAAUUACGACCACCGAGAACAAAAGCUUGAUUGGAAACAAUUAACUUCAAUUAACUUUAACCAUCAUUAUUGGCAUCUGGUUGGAUAUCAUUCAUUGGUGAUUGAUUCUAGAAGAAACUUGAUUGCUAUUGCCCAAGUUAAUCCAGAAAUCAAUCAGAAAUUUAUGGAUCCAAACCAAACUCUGAAAUUUUCAAAAAUUGAUGCUAGAAGUGCAACAUCAAGCUAUAAGUAUCUAUCAUGAUAACGUCACCUAAUGUAAUCUUUACAUUAAAAUCAAUCCAGUAAUGAUGGUUGCAGUUGAUUCAAGUCAAUUUUCAAAUUGAGCUUUUGGCAUGAAAAAAACUUGAGCUUAACCCUUAAAAAAGACUCGAAAUUUGUGCACACCAAUCAAUUGAAUUGCAUUUCCCUGUAUCUUGGACGUUACUAAAUUGGAUUUUCCAAAAUUCCUCUUCUCUCUUUCUCUUCCCUCUUUACCUGUUUCUUUGUAAUGUACUUUUCUACCUGCAAAUAUUGUUUCUUUAUGUUCAACUUUUUUCUCUUGAUAUUACAUCGAUUUAUGGACCAACGAAAUCAACUUAACAAUGGACCAAAAUUGGGACAACGAAUUAUACACCUUAACGGACAAUCCAAUCAACUAUGCAAAUACAAUUAUUAAGUGGCCAAAAUCUUCAUGAUACAUUCACAAUAUCCAAUCCUGUGUAAAGACAAAGUAAAGCAAGAAAUGGAAAGCUAAAUUGAAAGACAUCAGCAUCAAUGGAAGCGAAUAAUUUAUUGGUUUUUCAUUUUUCAUCCUCAAAGAGCGGACACCAAGCUUCAAGCUUUAUCUACAAGAAAUUUAUCUGGAUUCAAAAUCUAAACAACUGUACUGCUUCCAAAACCUGUUGACUUUUACAUCGAAAAAUGAUGAAAUUACCUGAAAAAUGGCAAAAGAUCAUUGAAUCUAAUGAUGCAUAUAUUAUUGAUUAAUAGAUUUCAAUUAGCUGAAAUAAAAUCUUGAAAACUUCCAAAAAAACGAAA